AACACAUAACACUCUAUUUUACUGUCACGAAUGAACAGAUUUAAAAUUGAUUUGGGGAAAGUGAAAAUAGAUCUCAAGCUCUUGGGAGACUUGUUCUUCCUCACGGGAGCAGGAUUAUCCAUGUACUACUUGAUCACUCAUAUAUUGAAUGAUCCUUUGAAUGACACUAUCAAAUCCAAAGAAUCCAAGAAGAAGAGUCAGGGAAUAUUGAAGAAACUACAAGAUUCCAAUCCAGACUUGAAAAACAUCGUUUUCACUGAGUACGAAAAGCUGUUAUUGAAUUCAUUAAUUGUUCCAGAUGAUCUUAAGGUGACGUUUGAUGAUAUCGGUGGACUAAAUGAUAUCAUCGACGAAUUGAGAGAGGCGGUGAUAUUGCCAUUAACAGUGCCUGACUUGUUCCAAGCACAUCUGUCUUUAAUCCAGUCACCUAAAGGAGUCUUGUUUCAUGGGCCACCUGGUUGUGGUAAAACCAUGUUAGCAAAGGCUAUUGCCAAAGAAAGUGGAGCGUUUUUCUUACUGAUUAGAAUGUCAACUAUAAUGGAUAAAUGGUACGGAGAGAGUAAUAAGAUAGUGGAUGCUAUAUUUUCGCUAGCCAACAAAUUGCAGCCUUGUAUAAUAUUCAUCGAUGAGAUUGACUCCUUCUUGAGAGAUAGGAGUUCUACCGAUCACGAAGUGAGUGCUAUGUUGAAAGCAGAAUUUAUGACUCUUUGGGAUGGGUUGUUGAGCAACGGAAGGAUAUUGGUGAUGGGAGCUACUAAUAGGCAAAAUGAUAUUGACCUGGCGUUUAUGAGAAGAAUGCCCAAACAAUUUGCAAUUGGUAGACCCAAUGCUGCUCAAAGAAGAUCGAUUCUCACAAAGAUUCUAAAAGACAGCCAGGUGGAUUCAAUGGACUUUGACUUGGAAUCCUUAGUCCUUAAUACAAAAGGCUAUAGUGGAUCGGACUUGAAAGAGUUAUGCAGAGAAGCAGCUUUAAAUUCCAUGAGAGAAUUCAUCAGAUCUAACUAUAAAAAUGGGAAAAAGGUUAGUGUUGAAAACGGUAGCGCUAAGGUCAAACCUUUAAGAACCAAUGACUUUUUGAAGAACAUCCCUAAUGCAAUCCCUUCAUCCUCUAUAGAUUAAUAGUGUUUGUAAACAAUUUGCAUUUGUGACAGUCUCUUAUGGUACAAACACUUCCGCCUUGCUGCUCAGAGAAA